CUCCAACUCGAUUGCAAGCGAUCGAUCGAAGCGCCACUUCUCGAGAGGUUAGCAAACCGCUGCUCGCUCGCCCGUUCCAUCCCCAUCGCGGCUCUCUUCUUCGAUCCAGUUCGGCCGCCUCAACCAUGUGCAAGAUCGCGAUCACGAUCCCGUCGCUCGUCUGCCUGCGCCGCGCCGUGCGGCGGUGGCGGUCCCGCGCCGCCACCGCCUCCUCGCGCUCCGGCGAGGGAGCGGGCGCCGCCGCCGCCGCGGUGCCGGCGGGGCACGUGGCGGUGCGCGUGGAGGGCGGCGGCGACGGGUGCGGCCCGAGGCGGUUCGUGGUGCGGCUGGCGCACCUCAGCCACCCGGCGUUCCGGGACCUGCUGCGCCAGGCGGAGGAGGAGUACGGCUUCCCGGCCGCGCCCGGGCCCAUCGCGCUCCCCUGCGACGAGGACCACUUCCUCGACGUCCUCCACCGCGUGUCCUCCUCGUCCUCCGCCUCCUGCUGCGGGCCGGCCCUGCGCCAUGGGCGUGGCGACUCGCGGCCACUGCUGCAGGGGAUGGCCGUGGAGAAGCUCGUGUGCUGAACUGCUGAUCGAUCGAUCCGUCAUCGCCCUGCCCUGCUGCAACCGUCCAUUGGUGAGCAAUGGCGACCAGCUGAUUCAUUCGUCUGCCUGCGAGACUGCAAGAGCGAGCACGCAAGGAGCUCGCCGGGAGCGGCCGCCAGGGCGAAGGGGAAAAGCGAAAGCGACUGGCCCCGGCUGGCGCGCCGCGCAAGGUCACAGGCGGCAAGCGCCGCCGGGUAAACCGAAAAAAUUGCAAUAUUAGACACUGAGCACUCGUGAAUUUGCCACUCCCAAUGAAUGACAUGAAUGACACGGUGGGACCAUCUGUGCCUAUAAAAUGUGGGGCCAAUGGCAAAACUGCAAAAGACAAUGUUUGCGGUCCCAUUUUUACAAAUUUCUCGGGUAAACCCGUGCUCUGCGAACGUAAAGGGGACGGCCGUGGGGGCAACUGGUGAAGACCCGGACAUUGUUAACAACAGCUGUAUAUGGAUUUAGCUAGAAUUGUACUAGAAAUUUAUGGAUCCUGAUCCCGUGCUCUCUAACUGUAAGAACUUGGUGGAUUCUACAACUCAGCUCUAUGUGCCAGAAUAAAGAAAGAACUUGUUCCCUGUCC